GGACUUGUCUUCAGUUUCCACUUGAAGUCAAUCUAAAGCCAACUAGCUCCCUCUUGUCAAGAUGACUCUGACCGACAGUGAUAAGGCUGCAGUUGUUGCUCUGUGGGGCAAAAUCGCACCCCAAGCUAAUGCCAUUGGAGCUGAGGCUUUGGAGAGACUUUUCCUGUCCUAUCCCCAGACCAAGACUUACUUCAGCCACUUUGAUCUGUCUCAUGGCUCUGCUGAUCUUGCCAACCACGGAGGAAAGGUUGUGAAUGCUCUUGGAGAAGCUGCCAAGCACAUCAAUGACCUGGAUGCUGCUCUGUCCACACUCAGUGACCUGCAUGCCUACAACCUGAGAGUGGAUCCUGGAAACUUCAAGUUGCUGUCUCACACCAUCCAGGUGACUCUGGCCAUCCACUUCCAUAAGGAAUUUGAUGCUGCCACCCAGGCUGCUUGGGACAAAUUCCUGGCUGAGGUUGCCACCGUCCUCACCUCCAAGUACAGAUAAAGAAAGAAGACAUCAGCAAGGGCAGCUCACCAGCCUGGGGAAGAUCUAUGGAAACCAUGCACAAAAUUGCCACUUUAACAAUGGUCAUGUUUUGACCAAAAUGGAACUGUAACAAACAUCAGCUGAGGUUAGACGGUGUUAACAUUUGACAUGGUUUAUAACCAAAAGCUGGUUAAUAUUGUUGCACAAAAUGACUUUGUGUUGACUUGUCCAUCAAAAAUUAUGACUGGUGAGAUACUCUUAAUUAAAUAAA